AUGCAGCACUCACAGCUCGCUCCUCUGCCAGAAGGUCUCCCCUUUCGGAUUGUUUCGAAAACGAUUGGACAGGGUGCUUAUGCCUGCAUAAAAAAAGCAUGCCCUCUUCAGGAUGACGCCCCGGUGUUUGCUGUUAAAUUUAUUCACAAAGAUUAUGCUGCACGUCAUGGCCGCAUCACAAGCAAGCAGCUUCAUAUGGAGGUUUCUCUCCACAAACACAUUGGGGUUCACAACAACAUUAUCGCCUUCUACAAUACCGAUGAGGAUAACGCCUGGAGAUGGAUAGCAAUGGAGCUAGCGGAAGGAGGCGAUCUAUUUGAUAAAAUCGAGGCCGAUGAAGGGGUCGGGGAAGAUAUCGCCCAUGUGUAUUUUACGCAACUCAUCAAUGCUGUUGGCUUUAUGCACUCAAAAGGGGUGGGACAUCGGGACAUCAAGCCCGAAAACAUCCUACUUUCUGCUGAAGGCAAUCUUAAAAUAGCCGAUUUUGGUUUGGCUACCUUAUUUGAAUAUAACGGAAAGCAGAAGCUUAGUGCUACGCUCUGUGGGAGCCCACCAUACAUUGCCCCGGAGGUCAUUAAAUGCAGUAAUCGCGGGCAGUCUCGAGGAGUAGGAUACCGGGCUGACCUUGCGGACGUUUGGUCUUGCGGAGUUGUUCUGUUUGUUUUGCUUGUCGGCAAUACCCCUUGGGAUAGUCCUACAGACGAAAGCUACGAGUAUUGUGACUAUGUCAAAACAAAUGCGAAGCCAGAUGAUGAGUUAUGGCAUCGCCUUCCCGCAGCCGCCUUAUCGUUGCUGCGUGGUAUAAUGCGAAUAGAUAUCUCUACCAGGUUCUCGUUGCAGGACGUUCGACGACAUCCGUGGUUUACUAGGCAAAAUAAGUAUCUUUCGCCUGAGGGAAAGCUCACAAACCCAGUCAACAUGGCCACUACAAUGUUUGAGUCUUUGCACAUAAAUUUUAAUCAAAAUCCUCUUACUUUAUCCCAGUCCCAACCUUCACCAGAUCAGGAUACUGUUAUGGUGGAUGAAUCGCCCGAGGAUCUAAAGCCGAAAUUUUCAUCCACCCAGCCUGAAACCCUAAUAGAUGACAUGGCUAUUGAUUGGGAUGGUCCACCUCGUCUGACAACGAGUCACCACUCCGCAUCACAGCCAAAGAAUAUGUUAGGUACUCCCGCCAUCCUCACCGAGUAUCUCAUGGAAGAUCCAUCGAUGUCGCAGUUCUCUUUGACCCCAUCGGUUCCUCUCAGCCGGACACAAAAUGCUGGGAAAUUUCAAGAUAUCAUUCCAUCUUCUUGUCUCACUCGCUUCUUCUCCAACUGGCCUGUUGGCCUACUCGUUCCACGUAUCUGCGAAGCACUUCAGCUUCUUCACGUUCUUGCCUCGCCUAAAACAUCUGACACAUCGGUUCUCAUUCGAGUUCGGACCAAUGACGAUAGGAAAUGCCCGCUUCAUGGAAAUAUUAUCGUUGAGAUGAUCGCCGACGGAGUUGCCGAGAUCGAGUUCGUUAAGGUUAAGGGAGACCCUCUUGAAUGGAGAAGAUUUUUUAAAAAGAUAACGAUAUUGUGUAAAGAUGCGGUUUUAAGACCUGAUAACUAG